AUGACUUCAGAAUCUGAAAAAACUCAAACACCAAUUAUUUUUGCUCCAGAAACUUACCAAUACGAUAAAUUCACAUUAUCUGAAGAAGAUUUAGAAAAAGAUCCAAUUGAACAAUUCACUAAAUGGUUUAACGAAGCUAAGGAUGAUCCAAAGGAGACUUUACCAGAAGCUAUUACAUUCUCGUCAGCUGAAUUACCAAGUGGUAAAGUCUCUUCUAGGGUGCUUUUAUUUAAAGAACUGGACCCUCGAGGAUUUGUAAUAUAUUCCAAUUGGGGUACUUCAAAUAAAGCCCAUGAUAUCAAAACUAAUCCAAAUGCAGCAGUGAAUUUUUUUUGGAAGGACUUACAUAGACAAGUCAGAGUGGAGGGUUUUACUGAAUUUGUUAAUCGUGAAACUUCUGAACGUUAUUUUAAGACAAGACCAAGAGGAUCCAAGAUUGGUGCUUGGGCAUCUGAACAAUCACAGAUUAUCAAAAAUAGAGAUGAAUUAGAAGAACGUAAAGUCUUGAAUGAAAAGAGAUGGGAAGGGGUUGAAGACGUUCCAUGCCCUCCAUACUGGGGUGGUUUAAGGGUCGUUCCAUUAGAGAUUGAGUUCUGGCAAGGGAGACCCAACCGUCUACACGACCGUUUUGUUUAUAAAAGAAAAUCAGAAAAUGAUUCUUGGGAAGUAUUUAGAUUAGCCCCAUGA